AUGAUUGGUCUUGCAGUUGGAGAUAUUGGUCAGAUUCAACGAUCUGCUACACUUCAAGUGGUCGCACAACAAGUCUACUGGUUGGAUCAAGUGGAAUCAAGGUUGUCGAAGUGGCUGCAUAAGAAAGCACAAGUGAAACACUGGGUUAUUCGACCACCUCUCACAUUCAACAGACGAAAACCUCACACAGUGGAAUUGAAAUUUGCGCUUACCAAGCUAAACAAGGACAUUCGAAGCGAAUUAUGA